GUAAAACUGAGGAGUUCUGAAGCAGCAGGGUGGAGGGAGACCAGCGAAAUGGUGAUAUACACAGGAGUGCAUUCCUGAUCUUUCCUCUCGAUAUCGGCGCCACAUAAACAGGAUUACCAGGGUGAGAGGCUUCGAGCUGAAUGGCCAGUUCACAAAAGCUGUUGUUGGUGUGUUUAUGAAACCGAAGACACUCUCAUCACUCAAUUACAACAACUCAGAAAAAAAGAAGAUAAAAUAUGUACCAUGCCCAAAGGGAAGGGAGCCAAAGGGACAAAGCUGACCCUCAAAGUUGCCAAAAAGGCAAUACGGAUGACCCCGGAUGGACGGCGCCGGCUCACUCUUAGCAACAUGGGUAUUACCAUCUUCCCAAAGUGUCUCCUAAAACUGACCAACGUGGACGAGUUGGACCUCAGCCGCAACAUGAUACAGAAACUCCCAGAUAACAUCGGGAACUUCUCGUCAUUGAGAUGGUUGGAUCUACACAGCAACAAGCUGGAGUCUGUGCCCGAAUCCAUCGGCAACCUGGUGGGCCUGACCCACCUCAACCUCUCAAACAACCGCCUGAUCUCUGCUGGUUUACCGUCCACGUUGGGUUCUCUCACCAGCCUGAAGAGCCUCAAUCUGGGAAUGAACCAGCUAGACACCCUGCCUCCCACUAUGGAGGCUCUAGAUAGUCUUCAAGAGUUAGGUCUGUUUGAUAACCUCUUCAUCAAUCUACCAGAGUUUUUAAAAGUCCUACGCAACCUCACAAAGAUGAACAUGAAACAAAAUCCUCUAUCGUAUGUUCAGGAGGAUGGUGAGGGGAUGCAGAAGGAAAAAUCAGAAGCAGAGGGAGAUGUGUAUCUGGUCCAUGAGAGCAGCCUGUGUAGGACAUGCCUUAAGAGAUGUCAAGAGGAGAGGGAAAGGAUGACAAGAGGUGGAGGAGGAAGAGGAGGAGGAGGAGGAGGAGGAGGAGGAGGAGGAGGAGGAGGAGGAGGUGACGCGUUUGAGGAGAAAAGGAUAAGGACUUAUCAGGGACUGAUGGCGCCAAACUCAGUGGCUACAGUCAAUCAAGAUGUGUGGAGAAUAAGAAAGGUGGAACACAAGUCAAUCAAAUGAUGAUGCAACCAAACAGCAUCAAAACUAUAGUACAAAUGGAAUGAAUGUCACUUUUAGGCACCUCUAUAAACUUUAAUAAUAUUUGCAUAAUAUACUUACUAUAUGUCACACAACAAUUUUUUUUAUGUAUUUACCGUUUUAAUGGAUUUAAUAAAA